CCGAUCUGAGGGACCUGGAGGUGGUGUGGUGGAUAAACUAUUCGGCAAAAGCUUCCUCCAGGCCGGGCGCUACAUCAUGUCCCAUAAAUCGUGGAUGAAGAGCGUCCCGACUGAGAACUGUGAUGUACUGAUGACCUUCCCAGACACCACCGAUGACCACACGUUGCUGUGGUUACUGAACCACAUCCGGCUGGGAAUCCCGGAGCUGAUCAUCCAGAUCCGGAAUCACAAGCACACGGCCAUGUACGCCUUCUUCAUCACCGCCACGCACGAGAACUUGCUGCGGGGAGCGGAGGAGAUGGGUCUGCGUAAGCCGGUGAAACAGGAGUUUGGCGGCGGCUCCAGGGUCUUGUGCUGCGAUGAGGAUUAUAUCUACGAGAACAUCGAGAAUGAAAUCUAUUUCUUCACCUCUCAGGAACGGCAGAGUAUCAUCAGGCACUGGCUGGACAACCUACAGGCCAAACAGGGAGAGCGUCUCCACAACAUCCAAUUCCUGGAGGGACAAGCCAUCAUUGCAGAGUUGAUGACCCGUGGCAUAAUCCAGCAGGUGCUUCCCCUCCACGAGCAGCGGAUCCUGAACCGUCUGGUGAAGUCGUGGGUCCAGGCCGUGUGUGAGUCGCAGCCAAUCGACGAGAUCUGCGACUAUUUUGGUGUUAAAAUAGCGAUGUACUUCUCAUGGCUCGGUUACUACACCUGGUCGAUGAUCUACCCAGCGGUGAUCGGCUUUGGACUCUGGGCGUUUACCGAGUCUGACCAGACGAGCCGCGACGUGAUCUGCGUGAUCUUUGCCCUCUUUAACAUUGUGUGGACCACGCUGUUCCUGGAGGGUUGGAAACGCCAGAGUGCGGAGCUGGCCUACAGGUGGGGCACUCUCGACCGGCCUGCUGAGCUCAUCGAGGAGCCCCGCUCACAGUUCAGGGGGGUGAAGCGCGUCAGUCCGGUGACGGGCUGCGAGGACUUCUACUACUCGCCGUGGAAGAGGAGGUUGUUCCAGUACUUUGUCAGUCUCCCCGUGUGUCUGUUCGGUCUGUGCUUCGUGUUCCUCACCAUGUUAAUCUGCUUUGAGCUGCAGGAGUUUGUGACGAGUAUCAAAGAACUUCCUCGUGUUGUUUCGUACUUUCCCACAGUGUUACUGGCUGUUGUGGUUACAGUUCUUGAUGAUGUUUACAAGAAAAUCGCCUACUGGUUGAACGACAUGGAGAAUUACCGUUUACAGAGUGCCUAUGAGAAACACCUCAUCAUUAAACUCGUGUUGUUUCAGUUUGUGAAUUCCUAUCUCAGCCUUUUCUACAUUGGUUUCUACCUGAAAGACAUGGAACGCCUCAAGGAGACUCUGGCCGCCCUGCUGAUCACCAGGCAGGUCAUCUCCAACAUGAAGGAGGUCCUUCGGCCCAUCUUCUACGAGAGGUACAAGCAGGGGGACCUCACCCUGCAGGCCCUGGUUGCCAGCGUGAGGAGCCUGUUCCAGGACGUCCCGGACCAGCUCCGGGGGGAAGAGGCUUCGCCCCAGGCGUCUGUGGAGGGGGGGCCAGCGGAGGUGGAUGUGGACGUGGACAGGGGCGAGGGGAAGAAGGAGAAGGGUGGGGGCAAGUGUGAGAAUGGGGCGUGCGGUGCUCCUGAGGACGAGGAGGAGGAGGAGGGGGGAGGGGGCCAGAGGGGGGAGGAGGAGGAGGAUGAGGAGGGGGAUGAGGAGGGGGAGAGCAUCCUGGACUGUGGGCUGCGUCUCUCCAAGAAGGUCAGCUUCAUGGGGGGCGGCCAGGGCCAGGGCCAGGCCUCGGGCUCGGGCAAGGAGCAGCGGGGCUGUGAGAUGGAGGGGAUGCUGAUAGAGGGGAUGUUGAUGGAGGAGGGUAGCCCCAUCUUGGUGGAGCGGGCGGGGGCUGAGGGGGGGCUGGUCUUCCAGCUGUGUGAGCACGACCCCAAGAUGGUGGAGGACUACGGCCACCAGGCGGAGGGAGACAAGGAGCUGACCGUCACGCUGAGGGGCCGGGGGAAGGAGCGGGGAUCGGAGCGCGCCGACAACACCGACACCACCGGCAACCGGCUGUCCUGGAUGGACCCGCCCGAUGACUACCACGAUGCACCACUCACGCAGGGAGAGAUUGAGAGCUGCAUGCAGAAAUAUGAGGACACUUUUCAGGAUUACCAGGAAAUGUUCAUCCAGUUUGGCUACGUGGUGCUCUUCUCCUCCGCCUUCCCCCUCGCGGCCAUGUGCGCCCUCAUCAACAACGUCAUCGAGAUCCGCAGCGAUGCCUUCAAGCUCUGCACAGGAUCCCAGAGGCCCUUCGGCCAGAGGGUGGAUAGUAUUGGCCAGUGGCAGAACGUGAUGGAGGCCAUGGGAGUUCUGGCCAUCAUUGUCAACUGCUAUCUCAUCGGUCAGUGCGGUCAGCUGCAACGCCUCUUCCCCUCGCUCAGCUCGGAGAUGGCCAUCGUCCUCGUGGUCAUCCUGGAGCACUUUGCCUUCCUGCUGAAGUACGUGCUCCAAGUGGCCAUCCCCGAUGUUCCCGCCUGGGUAGCAGAGGAAAUGGCAAAGCUGGAGUAUCAGCGACGGGAGGCUUUCAAGAGACACGAGCGGCAGGCCCAGCAACGUUACCAGCAGCAGCAACGCCGUCGUCGUGAGGAGGAGAAGCAGCGUCAGGACCAGCGGGAGAGUUCGGGAAGCCGCAGGGACCGUGACGGUGGCCGGGACGAGGGGAGAGGCGGUGGUGGCGGCAGUGGCUCCGCUCCGGGCUCCAGCUCCGGCUCCGGCCAGUCCGAGGCACCGUGUGGCCGGGGCGGGGGUCGGUCCAGGCCGGGCUUGACCGGUGACAAAGCCAAGCGGCCGAGCUCGCUGCUGGCGGCCAACAACGUGCUGAAGCUGAAGCACAUGAUGCCGCUGCAGGCGGGCAAGAUGCUGGCGGGGGCCAGCGGCUCCGGGACGGGGAAAGCCCCCUCCGCCCCCCCCCACUCCCUGGCCCCCAGCGACAGCAAACUCCCCGCCUUCCUCACCUUCAGGUUCCUCAAGUCCCCCCCGGCCCCAGGAGACAAGGCUCUCUCCCCCACAAAACCCUUCGGCCCCGGAAAACUCUUCAACUUCUCCAAGUCCGAGCCUGGCGACGGGGGCGACAAACCUACCCCCGCCCGCUCACACCUCAACGGUAUGCCCGAAGACAGCGGAGCCCCCUCCCCUCCUCCUCCUGCCCCCACCAGCCCCAAACGCUGAGAGAUCCUCUCCCCAUCU